AUGCAGUCACUACAGGAGAAGGCCUCCCAGUGGAGCGGAGUCCAAACAGCCGACGCCUUUGCCAUCGACGACACCAAUCUUUUCCAAAAACUCGGCCUCCCCACUUUCAUCAACCUCUCCACCAAUUUCUACACCAGGGUGUACGAUGACGAAGAGGAGUGGUUCCGUUCCAUAUUUGCCAACUCCAAGAAAGAGGAGGCCAUCCAAAACCAAUACGAGUUCUUCGUCCAGAGGAUGGGUGGCCCUCCUCUCUACUCUCAGCGGAAAGGGCAUCCUGCGUUAAUUGGACGGCACAGGCCGUUUCCGGUUACCCAUCAGGCGGCAGAGAGGUGGUUACUCCAUAUGAAGGAGGCGUUGGACACCACCCCGGAUAUCGAUGACGACUCAAGAAUCAAAAUGAUGAAUUUUUUCAGGCAUACUGCGUUUUUUCUUGUGGCUGGGGAUGAGUUGAAGAAUCAAAACCAACGACAUGGUGCGCAGUGA